UUGGCUGCGUUGCACUUCCUUCCUUGUGUAAGUGGAGUUUUCUCUUCACCCAGUGUUCGACACAGUUGUCAACCACAGAGCAGAGCUGCAGCUUCCUGUUUCUGAAGAUGAAUCCCUGUGGGUUAUUUCUUCUACUCCUGCUGAUGAGUAGAAAUGGACUGUGUCAACAAGAGGAAGUCUGCUCCAAGUCAGUGAUUAACUCCUGCAAUGACUGUAUCAGAUCUGGACCAUACUGCGUUUGGUGUCAGCAGCUGAAUUUCACCAAACCUGGUGAGCAGGAAGCAGCGCGCUGUGACACCAAAGCUCAGUUGAUGGCGAGAGGCUGCAUGGACAUAGAGAUCAUCUCCCCCAAGAACAAACUAACAAUCAUCACCAAUAAACCACUGUCUAGUUCAUUCACCCGGCAGGAGCCCAUACAGCUCAGUCCACAGAAGAUCAGUCUGAAAUUGAGACUUGGGCUUCCCCUCACGUUCAGUGUUCAUUUUAAAAGAGUUGAGGGUUACCCUGUUGAUCUCUACUACCUGAUGGACCUGUCUUACUCCAUGAAAGACGACCUGGAAAAUGUCAAAGGUCUGGGGCAGAGUCUGUUUGCAGCUUUGAAAAAAAUCACUGCUCACGCUCAAAUUGGGUUUGGUGCCUUUGUUGAUAAGACAGUCCUUCCUUACACGAACACCAAUCCAGAGAAACUAAGGAGGCCAUGCGACGACAAUUACCAGCAGUGUCAGGCUGCCUUUGGUUAUAGACAUGUUUUGAGCUUGACAUCAAAGGAGGAAGACUUCAAGACCAAAGUGAAACAGCAGUUCAUCUCUGGGAACUUGGACUCUCCAGAGGGAAGCCUUGAUGCAAUAAUGCAGGCUGCUGUGUGUGGGGACAAAAUAGGAUGGAGGAACAGCAGCACUCGGCUGAUUGUACUCACCACUGAUGCUGGAUUCCACAUGGCUGGUGAUGGAAAACUGGCAGGAAUACUUGAACCCAAUGAUGAACAGUGCUACAUGGAAUCCAGUAUUUAUGGCAGGAGCAGUGAGAUGGACUACCCGUCUGUGGGACAACUGGCGAGGCAGUUGGAAAAGAACAAUAUUCAACCUAUAUUUGCUGUGACGAAAAAUAUGGAGGAUGUGUAUAAGCAACUCUCUAAAAUGAUUCCAAAGUCAGAGGUGGGAGUUUUGUCAACAAAUUCUGACAAUGUGGUCAAUCUCAUUGUAAAUGCAUACAAUCGACUUUCUUCCAGCGUCACUGUGACCCAUGACACACUCCCUGACAAUGUCAGAGUUGUCUAUACUCCGAUCUGCAGUAAUCCAGGACCAGCAGGGGACAGCAAAGGGAUUUGUAACAAGGUCCAUGAUGGAGACGAGAUCUCUUUUAAUGUCACUGUGACAGCACACUCUUGUAUGGAGGGCCAGUCUUUCACUAUCAGUCCACUGGGCAUUAAAGACACAUUGACAGUGAGCUUGUCGACGAACUGUGAGUGUUUGUGUGAGGACCCCAAUGACAAAAAACACUCUCACUGUAAGAUGAAUGGGAAAGUCAGCUGUGGUAUUUGCAGCUGUAAUGAUGGCCACGUUGGUCAGUUCUGCGAGUGUGCCGUCGGUGAGAAAGGCGACCAAGCCCUACGGUCAACCUGUCAGAGGCAAAACGGCACAGAAUGCGAGGGUCGAGGAGACUGUGUCUGUGGUCGAUGCCGGUGCCACACCACAGAGAGUGGGAAAAGUUACCAUGGGGACUUUUGCGAGUGUGAUGAUGAGCACUGUGAAAAGUACAAGAAUAAGCUGUGUGGAGGUAAUGGUAAGUGCAUAUGUGGCAAGUGUGACUGCAGUACAGGCUUUGAGGGCUCAGCCUGUCAGUGUGCAGUAUCUGAGGUAGGCUGUCGUACGCUGAACAACUCCGUGUGCUUCGGCCGAGGAACCUGCAAAUGUAACCGCUGUCAGUGUAAGGAGGGAUACCAGCGGCCACACUGCCAGCAGUGCCUCGGCUGCCCUGACCCAUGCCAGACCAAACUGAGCUGCAUUGAAUGCCUUGGAUUUGAAACCGGCCCUUUGAAAAAGAACUGCACUGUGGCAUGCAGCCGGAGUAUUUAUCAUGAAAUGGUGGACCACUUCCUGUUAACAAGCAAACCAUGUCACCAGAAGGACUCGGAGGGCUGCUGGGUUACUUUUAAGCUUGAACAACUGGUUGGAGAGGAUAACUACAAGGCUGAGAUUCAGAAACAGCGAGUCUGUCCAGAGCCACCCAGCGUCAUUGCUAUAAUCGGAGGCUCCAUAGCAGCAGUGGCUCUUAUUGGCAUCAUGCUGCUGAUGCUCAUCAAGUUAUUACUCUACAUGAGAGACCUGAAAGAGUUCCGAAAGUUUGAAAAUGAAAAGAAAAAAUCCAGAUGGGCAGAGGCUGACAACCCACUGUUCAAGAACGCCACUACCACUGUGGCUAACCCCACUUUCACUGGAGAGUGAAAGCCUCCACUGCAGCACAGCCAUCAAUCUGCACUGCUCUGUUCAAUUCAUGUAUGUGAUUGAUUACUGGAAAUGUAUUUGCAAAUGUCCACAGCCAGUGAUAAUAGGGAUUAGCUUGAUAACAGUAGCCGUCUCUGAUUGCCUUAUUUAUAUGACUGAAUUUGCAUUGUACUAUAUACACAGGGACAUUAUCCCCAUAUUUAAGAAGUAUGAGUAAUCCAUUUUUAUUUAUUCCUUCUAUGAUGAUUUUAUAUGAAAUUAUAUUUAAAGGGGACAUAUUAUGCAAAAUCAACUUUUUAAUCAUUUUAAUACUUAUAUUUGGGACUCUGAAGGCCUUACCAGUCACCAAAGUGU